CGCUGAAUGAGCAGGCGCAUGGAAUUACUUGGUCGGAAUCGUACAGCAGAAAGAUAGAUUAAAGUCAUCAGCCAGAUAGAAAGUAAUAAUAAUAAUAAUAAUAAUAAAAAACAUGACCAUGGCGUCUGUGUUGGAUGCUCUGUGGGAGGACAGAGAUGUCAGAUUUGACAUUACCCCGCAGCAAAUGAAAAUGAGACCUGGUGAAGUCCUGAUAGACUGCCUGGAUUCAAUUGAAGAUACCAAAGGGAACAAUGGAGACCGAGGCAGGCUACUGGUGACCAAUUUAAGGAUCAUCUGGCACUCCUUGGCUUUACCCAGAGUCAAUCUAUGUCCUGGAGCACCUGUUAAGGUGGAUGUGAUUAUGAACACCAGUACGUACCAAGAUAUCUUCAUAACAAAACAAUGCACCCCCCCUCCCAAUGACCUUACAAGAUUUCCAUUUUCAUUUAGAAAUUAAAAUUUUGAAUGCAAUUCACUUCAUGUCAUAUAAUGAAAUAUGAAGUGUUUAUAGACAAGUUUAUACAGUUUAAAGCAUUUUUAAUAAUGAACAAAUUGUUUUAAGCAGUUGGUUUUAAUGUUGUGGCUGAUCGGUGUAAUUCAAAUCGCCAGUAACCCCAAACUAGAAAUAUAAUCCAUCCAUCCAUCCAUCCAUCAUCACCCGCUUAUCGCGGGUCGCAGGGGCAGUAGGCAAAGCCGGGUAUUCCAGGCGUCCCUCUCCCCAGCAACGCAUUCUAGCUCCUCCUGGGGGAUCCCGAGGCGUUCCCUGGCCAGGAGAGAUAUAUAAUCUCUCCAGCGGGCUCUGGGUCUCCCUCGGGGUCUCUGCCCAGUUGGACGAGCCCGGAAACCUCCAAAGGGAGGCGCCCGGGAGGCAUCCUGAUCAGAUGCCCGAACCACCUCAAUUGGCUCCUUUCGACGCGAAGGAGCAGCGGCUCUACUCCGAGCUCCCUCCGGAUGUCCGAGCUCCUCACCCUAUCUCUAAGGCUGAGCCCGGCCACCCUACGGAGGAAGCUCAUUUCAGCCGCUUGUAUACGCGAUCUCGUUCUUUCGGUCACUACCCAAAGCUCGUGACCAUAGGUGAGGGUUGGGACGUAGAUCGACCAGUAAAUCGAGAGCUUUGCCUUCCGGCUCAGCUCCCUCUUCACCACAACGGUCCGGUGCAACGCCCGCAUUACUGCUGACGCUGCACCGAUCCACCUGUCGAUCUCCCUUACUCGUGAAUAAGACCCCGAGAUACUUGAACUCCUUCACUUGGGGCAAAGACUCGUUCCCAACCCGGAGGGAGCAAUCCACCGUUUUCCGGCAGAGAACCAUGGCCUCGGACUUGGAGGUGCUCUCAUCCCGGCCGCUUCACACUCGGCUGCAAACCGCUCCAGUGCGUGCUGAAGGUCACGGUCCGAUGAAGCCAGCAGAACCACAUCAUCCGCAAAAAGCAGAGAUGCGAUUCUGAGGUCACCAAACCGGACACUCUCCUCACCUCGGUUGCGCCUUGAGAUCCUGUCCAUGAAUACCACAACAGGACCGGUGACAAGGGGCAACCUUGGCGGAGUCCAACACCCACCGGAAACGUGCUUGACUUUGUGCCGAGAAUGCGGACACAGCUCUCACUUUGGUUAUACAGGGACCUGAUGGCUCGUAACAACGGCCCUGGUACCCCAUACUCCCGCAGUACACCCCACAGGGUUCCCCGGGGGACAAGGUCGAAAGCCUUCUCCAAGUCCACAAAGCACAUAUAGAAAUAUAAUGCAAAUGCAAAAUCUAGCUUCAAUAUAUGGGCAGUUCAUGUGUAACUUAAUUAACUGGCAAAGUUGUGAUUGAAUUAUUUUAAAUAGGUUUACCUUUUGAUCAAUGUUGAUGCCGUGUUCAAGUGUACAGUCAGUUAUUGCGUUAUUAUGAGUUAGCACAUACAUGAGUUUGUUAACCAGCAAACUAAAUAUCCUGUUUUCUUGGUAGUUAAUUUUUAAAAAAAUAUUUAGCUUCUACUAAAUUGAUGCAAUGUUCACCAAAUUUGGCAAAGAGCAAUGCCUGGUGUAGCCUGGGAAAAAGUUUUUUUGAUGCUGAGAAGCAAACUGUCCAAUUACUUCUGGUCCCCUCAAAUGCGGUUACUAUGUAAAAAAAGGGAUGUAGUCCCUACACAGGUGACCCAAUAUGUAUGUGGAAAACUCAAGUUAAAGGUCUGCACUUUAACGUCAUAUUCAUUUAUUCAUUUCUAAUCCAAUGUGCUGGAGUACAGAGCCAAAAGAACAGAAAUUGCAUUACUGCCCAAAUACUUAUGGACUGCAUUGUAAUUGCUUUUAUUAUCUGUAUUUAGUAUUUUCUUUUUCUUUGUUGAAUCACUUUGAAUCACUGCUACAUAAGUCAUUAAUGUUUGUGUGCUAAUAAUUUGAUUAUUUGUCAAA